CAGAAUCCUUAGCUGGACGCAAACAACAGCACGUAGGCCAAUAUGGCGGCCCACGUUAGAGAGAUGGUUUCUGAGGAGUCAAGUAGCGACGACGAAGAGCUUAGAAAGUGUCGAGAGGCAGUUUGGGACACUCAGACAAACAAAACAAAAGAUGGAGACCGCAAAGUGAAAGACUCAAAGCGUAUUGUUGUCGCUGCUCAUGAACAUGAUGGCAACGAGCUCCAGGUCACCAAAGGAUUUCAAACACAUGUGGCUAAAAAGCUGGAACAUUUUCUUGACAGUUGCAUUUCAGAAAUGAAGCCUAAAACCUUAAAUUGUUUGGAAACUACAAACAGUGAUGACAUUGGUGAUGGUUUUCAUCUGUUUUCUACAUCCAUCCCUGGACAGAAAGCUGAUAAUCCUCCCGAACCAGUGAGGCGUCGGCCUGUUCCCAGCUCAAGUGACAGCGACAGUGAAAUGGAAACAAGGCUGAAGGAGGCAGUGGUGUCAGUGAAAGAUCUGUUGCCUUCAUCAUCAUUUACCUCCACUGCAUCCUCUUCAUCAUCAGAGCCUCACAACUCAGAAAAAACACAUAGAAAGAAGAAAGUUGCAAAGGAAGAAGCGAGUCAUGUUGUCAGGAAAAAGAAAAAGAGGAAACAAAAUGAUGGAGAGAGUGAGCAAGUGGACUCUGGUGAAGAUGCUCAUGAUGAAAGCAGCAGUGAGCACAGGAACCUGGAGCAGGAACACAUGAAAAUAAAACAAAACAAAAAAUAAACACAAACAAAGAAACUUUGAGCUGAGAUUUGACAGUAAACAUUUUUGUGGGUUUUUGUUUGUGUGUUGAAGUGAGUUUUGGGAUUAAAAUGGCUUCAGAAUAAAGAAGGGACUCAUUUUGCUCGUUUCAAAAACUUAAUUCUCAUGAAAACUUAAAAAAAGCAUUUUGGUUGCAAAUUUAAAAAGAAUAUAAAUUGCAGUUAUACCAGAAGUUACAAGUUUUUAAUUUUACAGAAUAUUAUUUUAAUAAAAAUAGAUGCUGGUGUUGAUCUUGUUAAUCCUCUGCUGAUUUCAGUAAGUCUCUUCUGUGACUACACUUGAAUAAAGUUGAGACAUCGUGAUUAUA